AUGACGGCACUUGCCGACGGUGCUGCGAGUCCCCACCGUCCACAGCUCGACCAUUACCGCCAGCCCACUUCUGACUCGGCAGGUCUUCGAUUUGCAGCAACGUCUGCCCGCGCCCGUCACCGACAGGAAGGCGCGCCCGCACCAUCCUCUGCGCCACUGCAUCAUCGCACCAGCCGCGCGGACCCAGCCCUGGGCACGCCGACCGGCGGCUUUGCACCUCCAGCUCCAGUCAUGCCAUCGAGCAGCGAUCCGCGAGGCCCAUCCGAGCCGGCCAGCACCGCGCCUCCCAUCCGCAACCGCGACCGCGACCACCAACAGCUUACCAGCACCGACGCCAUCAUGACCACCACGCGUCUGGGCCAGCACCCCCACGGCCCCUCCAACGGCCUUGCCGCCUCCGAGCACCGCCCCGAGCUGCAACCCGUCGCUGGCACGUCGUCGCUGCCCUACCGGCGACCCUCGAGUGCCCCGGGGAGCAAGCACAACUCGUCGGCAUCUCUCGCCCUGCCAAACGGCGCAGGCUCGUCGGAAUCGGCAGCUACGCCCGCGCCUGCCUCCGCAUCCUCCCUCCACACUCGUCCAUCUACUGGCUCCAAGCCCAUGCUUAUGCGAUCCAAGAGCGACUAUGCCGGUAUGCUGGCGCACACAGACUCCGACGACGACCAAGAUUCCCGGCCGGGCUCGAGAAGGAAAAACCCUUAUUCGUGGGGCGCCAGACACGGCUUCGGAGACCACUACGAGUCCGAAGACAUCAUAUCACAGCUGGUUAACAACUGGUACAUGUACUUCACCGAGAAACGGCACGAUACGACCGGCAAGCCCAAGCUGGACCCAUUUGUCAUACAGGAUUGGCGCAUGCGAGACCGUCUCAAGACGGUGUCCGCCGCCAUCGCAGUAUGUCUGAAUAUCGGCGUCGAGCCUCCAGACCAGCUCAAAACGAGCCCCGGCGCCAAGCUCGAAGCAUGGCAGGAUCCCACCACCCCUCCGAACGCCAAGGCGCUUGAGAAUAUCGGCAAGGCGCUUCAGUCGCAGUACGAGACUCUUGCCAUGCGCACGCGCUACAAGCAGUAUCUGGACCCAUCGAUAGAGGAGACGAAGAAGUUCUGUGUCUCGCUGCGCCGAAACGCCAAGGACGAGCGUGUCCUGCUGCAUUACAACGGUCACGGAGUCCCAAAACCCACCGCCUCGGGCGAGAUCUGGGUCUUCAACAAGAAUUAUACGCAGUACAUACCUGUUUCGCUAUACGACCUGCAACACUGGCUUCAGGCUCCGACGAUAUUUGUCUGGGACUGCUCCGAGGCUGGCAACAUCCUGAGCAACUACCACCGCUUCGUCGAGAAGCACGAGACGGAGGAGCAGGAGAUGGCCGAUAGAGACCUCAACUACGAGAAGACACUCUUCAAACCCUACAUCCACCUGGCUGCAUGCGGAAAGAAGGAAAAUCUGCCGACAAACCCCCUGCUGCCCGCCGACCUUUUUACUUGCUGUCUCACCACCCCCAUCGAGAUGGCUCUCUGGUUCUUCGUGCUACAGAACCCGCUAAAGACCAACCUCACGCCAGAGCGAGCCAAGAAGCUCCCUGGCCGUCUGCAAGAGAGGCGCACUCCUCUAGGAGAGCUGAACUGGAUCUUCACGGCUAUUACGGAUACCAUCGCAUGGACCACGCUGCCGCGUCACCUCUUCAGAAAAUUCUUCCGCCAGGACCUUAUGGUGGCAGCCCUGUUUCGGAAUUUUCUGCUCGCACAGAGGGUGAUGUCGGUGUACGGCUGUCACCCGGAGUCGUUCCCGGAGCUUCCUGACACAAGGCAGCAUCCCUUGUGGCAGAGCUGGGAUCUGGCUGUCGACCAGGCUCUCGCUCAGCUGCCCAUGCUCGAGCGCAAGGAGGCGGAGGGUAUCGAUUACGAAUACCAGAACUCCACCUUCUUCACCGAGCAGCUGACGGCCUUUGACGUCUACCUGACGCGCGGUGAUGCGUUGCUUCAGAAGCCUCCGGACCAGCUCCCGGUGGUACUGCAGGUUCUGCUUAGCCAACAACACAGGGUUCGGGCGCUGAUCCUACUGGGCCGCUUCCUGGAUCUUGGUCCUUGGGCUGUGCAGCUGGCACUGAGUAUAGGUAUCUUCCCUUAUGUGUUGAAGUUGCUCCAAUCUGCAGCGACGGAACUGAAGCCGGUCAUGGUCUUCAUCUGGACGCGCGUGCUCGCCGUCGACCUCUCUUGCCAGCAGGACCUGAUCAAGGACAGCGGCUACAACUACUUCUCCCAGAUCCUCAGGCCUUCAGAGGGCCUGCCUGUGGCGAACAGCGACGAACACAAGGCAAUGUGUUCGUUCAUCCUGGCCAUGUUGUGCAAGAACUACAAGCCCGGCCAAACUGUCUGCAACCAGACUGACAUCAUGAGCUCCUGCCUGUUCCACCUGUCGAAUGAGGAGAACCCUCUGCUAAGGCAGUGGUCCUGUCUGUGCAUCAGCCAGCUGUGGAACGAUCUGCCCGAGGCUAAGUGGAGAGGCAUCAGGGAGAGUGCGCCCGCAAGGCUUUCGGUUCUGACCAAGGAUUCGUGCUGCGAGGUGCGCGCGGCGGUCCUUCACGCCAUGACGACUUUCCUGGGCAUCCCCGACCUGACGGACGAGGUCGCACGCAUCGAGGAGUCGAUCGCGUGGACCGUGCUUGAGAUGGCGAACGAUGGCAGUCCGAUGGUGCGCAAGGAGCUAUUGGUCUUCCUCUCGCACUUUGUGCUGCGGUACGAAUCCAAAUUCAUCGUCGCCGCCUACGAGCAUCUGCUCGAGGAAAAGGAGUACCUGAUGCACCCUCCUCGUGCCGACGGCCGCGAUCACAAGAUGGGCCUCCAUUACGCCAAGGCUGAAGACCGCAACAAGGACGGCACGAUCAAGGCGACGGCACACGGCCUCUCGCACAACACCAUAAUCGCAGCUUGCUGGAAGCAUAUCAUGAUCUUCAACGUCGACCCCCACCCCGAGGUGCAGAGUCACGCAACAACAAUCGUGGAUUACGUCCACUACACGUUGCUGCAGUCUCCAGUCGGGGCGCAGGCACAGAUACUGAUGGACGACAUUCAGAGACGGGCUAGACGGCAGGCUGCAAGGCUGCAAACCUCGACCAGCCAGCGCAGCAUUCUCGUAAACGACGGAUCCAUCACCCCUGUCCAGUCCCCUGGGCUCCUGCGCCGCACCGUCAGUACGCUGUUUUCGCCCUUCUUCAACGUGGAUGGUGCACCCGCGCUUGCCACGCCCGAGCUGUCGCCAGGCCUCCAGCGGUCGCCAUCCCAGAAGAGCAGGAGAGGACGCGACACGGCCAUGCCCAUGUCUCCGGAGCGGGACGACCAUGAUGCCACACAGGCCAAGUACAACGUUGCGAAUGAGCCGGUGUCGGCGGGCUUUGAGGAGCGUGGCUUCACAGAAAUUGCAGGUCUGCCCAUCGAGAGCACCUUCCUCUCGUGGUCCAUCGAGUACUUCCUCGAGCCGCAGAUGAAGUCGACCGAGGCCGAAGAGCCGGGAAGCACCGAGUACAAUGAGAGGUUGUGGCGGCGCUCGCGGAACGAGGGGAUCCUCCGGGAGACGCAGCCGCAGAAAUCGCAUGCCGGCAGCCACAAAUGGAACAACCAGCUCGGAAUCAUGAACACGCAGGCGCAGCCAGCGAAGCUAACGUUCCACCAGUACGAGGACCACCUCGCUGUGGCGGACGACGGCAAUACGAUCCAGAUCUGGGACUGGAAGAAGCAAGGCAGGCUUUGCCGCUUCUCCAACGGGAACCCGGAGGGCUCCAAGGUCAGCGACAUGAAGUUCAUCAACGAGGAUGAUCAGGCAUUUCUCAUGACGGGCUCGUCGGACGGCGUGGUGCGUAUCUACCGCAACUACGACAGCCACGACGGGAUCGAGCUGGCGUCGGCCUGGCGGGCGCUCACGGAUAUGGUGCCCAGCAACGUGAACUCGGGCAUGGUGUUUGACUGGCAGCAGGUCAGCGGGACGGUGCUGGUGGCUGGAGACGUGCGCGUGAUCCGGGUCUGGAACGCGGCGCAGGAGGCUUGCGUGACGGACAUACCGGCGCGGUCCGGUUCGUGCGUGACGUCGCUGACGUCGGACCAGAUGACGGGCAACAUAUUUGUGGCCGGGUUCGGAGACGGCGCGGUCCGGGUGUUUGACACGCGCCAGCGGCCGCAGGACUCGAUGGUGCGCAAGUGGAAGGACGAGCGCGACCGCGUCUGGAUCAAGAGCGUGGCCAUGCAGCGCGGCGGCCAGCGCGAGCUCAUGUCGGCCAGCCGGAACGGCAGGGUCAAGCUGUGGGACAUCAGGGCCGAUGUGCCGCUGCACGUAUUCCAGACGACGACGGACACGCUGAGAACGGCGAGCAUGCAUGAGCACUUGCCUGUGUUCUCUGUGGGCACCUCCGCGCACGUGGUCAAGGUCUUCAACCUCGACGGCAAGGAGCUCUCACGCGUCGAGCCGUAUUCGAGCUUCCUCCAGAACAGGGGUCUUCCGAUAUCGGCCACGGCAUUCCACCCGCAUCGCAUGAUUCUAGGCUGCGCCGCUCGGGGCGACCACCACGUCAACCUGUUCCGCUGCUCCAAGGCCGACCGAGUUACAGAGUGAAGAGAGGCGCACAUUUGCGUAAAUGGACGACAGCGUGUGUGUACGAGGUAUUUGUAUGCGGUCCGAUGAGACGCCGUAUGGUUGGCUGGACAGGGUCAGCACGAGCGUAACGAUGGCUUCACGAUGGCUCAUUGCGUUUGAUACGUUCUUGUUGUGCCUAAUUUCAUUACCCUUGGGUUGGUUGAUGAGGGGGAUACAUGACCGCUUUUUCUCCUUUCUUGGAGGGACGCCAGAGAGGAGGGGUCUAUACCGGCGUGCUUAUACGGUUUUUUUUUUUCUUUCGGUCAAUUCUCAUGAGGCCAGUCGUCUAGGUUGCCCAUCUGCUUAAUACAAUAAUGAUACAAGGAGCGUUUUCGCAAUCUCGGAGUUUUAUCGCAAAUCUGACAAACUAUUACUCCCCAGUAGCGCGUGGGCUUCUAUUAAACUGGAGAUGAUAUCUCCAUGUCGUC